AGAAUGCCCUGAAACAGUUCAACUUUAUGUCAGUUGCCGUGGAGAGACGCAAUGAAGAAAACAUGCAACUGUGCGAACAGAUACUGGAGUUUGGGGUCAGUGUGAACCAUCUGACGAAAGGGAACGAGAAGUUGGAGAGAGAUUUGUCCAAGAAGACUACAAGGCUGGAAGCACUGGAGAACUUCACAGAGAAACAGAACCAAAAAAUUAAAGAAUUGCAAAAUCAGCUGAAGGAUAUGAAGCACUCCGUUGACCAGGCCAAGGCCGUCAAGAAGCUCAACCCUAAAGAAGAAGCGCAGCGCGAGGCUGCACUCAAAGCCGCCCAGAAAGAAACUGCUCGAUUACAGGAAGAGAUAAAGACCCUCCAGGCACAAGCCACAGCCAGAGAAGACGAGUUAGUGAGAGAAGUUGAGCACACGCUGGCAAAACUCUAUGAUGCAGAGGACACGAUUGACAAGCUGAAGCAAGUGGUUGAAAAUCUGGAGGGACAGCUUGCAGACAUACAGGAACAAGCUGAGGAGUAUGCCCACCAGUUGGACAUUACACAUUUCCAGAGCGAGGCUAAGCAAUCCCAGCAGUCAUCCAUGAGGGAACAAUACCAGCAGCGCAUCAAGGAAUAUAAGCAGGAGGUGGACGACAUGGAUAGAGAAAUCACUCACCUCAAGGACGUUAUCAAACUCAAGGAAGAAGCUAUCUUACUGCAGGAGAAAAAAAUUGCCGAGUUGGCUGCACAAAUGAAACACCAUGCCGCUGCAGCAGCUACCCCUCCCCCUGCAAAAGACGUGACCCCGCCCCCGGGUGCCUCCCCAGAAGUGCGCAACAUGCUGGCAAGAAUGAAGGGGGAACAUGAAAUGGAGCUGCACACCCUGAAAGAUUAUGCGGCCAAGGAGAAGCUAAGAUGCGAUGCCACCUUGAGAAAACAGGAGAAUGAGAUGAAACUUCAGCUGGCUAACAUCCUGAAGGAGAGCAACCGCUUGCUCCGAGCUGUCAACCGAUUCAAAGAUGGACUGGCCGCCAUCUUGGAAAAGGAAGGUCUUCUUGAUACAGCUCACGAUGUGCGGCAGUUGAGUAACCUUCCUGUUGAAGAUAAACCAAGUGAUGUCAAAAUUAUCCUUGGACAAAUGGCUGGGAAUGCCGUAGAAUUGCUUGUAUCCCUGGAACUGAAAAUUGCCCAAGCCUUGAUGAAUAAGCGUCUGGAACUGAAAGAAGCGUUGAUGCCGAAGCAAAGAACUUUGACCCCGCUGGUGGAAGUCGAUCCUGAGAUUGAGAAGUUGACCAAGGAAAAUGGAUACCUGAGUGAGAAACUUGAAAAGGCACAAGAGCUUCUUCAUGCAACCGAGGUUAUGCUGAGCGAGACAAAAAGAAUAAACGAUGAGAAAUACAAGGCCUUGCUGGAUCGUCACAAAGCUCUGAUUCUUCACAGCAGUAGCUUGCAACGCGAGAUGAAAUCACUUGAGCAGGCUUUCCGAGAAGAGACAAAGAAGCGCGACAUGAAGCUGCGUUCCAUGAAGGGCAGCAUGGCUGAGCAGGCCAGACAGCAACAGACACUGGUCACUCAACUCAAGAUGGACAUUGAGAGUAGCAAGCGUGUUGAAAAACCACCUCCAGACAUCGGCCAGCUGCGGUUGAGGGUGAGCGACCAGCUACGGAAUCUGGAAAUGCUGGAAUCUGCUCUUAAGGAGGACAAGAUAUCACUGGAGCUGCACACGAUCACUUGCGAUAUCAUCAAGCAGACAAUCGAGGUGCCUGAGAUGAGGUUGAGACAUAUGUUUGAGAGAUACAUCAUCUUCAGGAGAAUGCAGGAGCAAAAAGCUGAAUUGAUAUCCAAGUUAGAGGGGCCCGUUACCAGGGAACAGGACAAAAAGUUACAGGGUUUCUUUGCCCGAAUGGAGACACGUAUGAGUGAAAACAUCAACACUUGGCGAGAGAAGCGUGAGGCAAUCAAGCAGGAGCGUAACAAUCUGUAUGAGCAGAUGCUAGCUAUCUUUGAUGUGGUUGGCCAGGAGACAGGCCUGAGCUUGGCAAGGCCCGCCGAGAAGGUGGCCAUCUUCCGGAGGGCUAAGAGGAGCAGGGCCCACCUGAUUCUGGGCCCGCGGGGGGUGAGAAUGAAGGUGCCCAUGGAGUUUAAGACCAACAAGCUGAUCGGGACCAGCGUGACACUGAUCGGGGAUCAUGGCCCCUUCUGGAAGAUGCCGUCAAAUUUGCACGGUGGGACUGAUCUUGUAACUGUUCCCAAGAUACUGGAAAUGGACAUUGACGCCAGGAGAAAAACUGCCAAAGAAGUCUUACAGAGGCUUGGAAUAGGCGACACAUCAAAGAAAGAACAGCCUCCAUCCAGGCAAUCACAAGAACCAUCAGUGCCCCCUCUGGCAACUUUAUUUCCACCGAUCUCAUCUUGAGUAAAACGCAUGAAUAACCAUAGUGCAAAAGUUUGAAAUAUAAAAAUGCACAUUAAAAUUAUAUCACACUUCCAUGGGAAGUAACCCAAUUACUGUUAGAAGGGCAAUAAUAGGCUUAAUUUGUGACAUUCUAAAUUUACAACAUUGUCUAUUAAAAUGACCCGUUUCUAUUGCUUUCUGGCAAAAAAGGUAAAUUUCAAUGAUCUUAAGAAAUUUAUUUCACUUUUAUUUAUUUUCCAAAAUAUAACUUGAUAUUCUUCUUUUGUAAUAAUUUGGAUGUUCUUUAUAUUAUGUUUCUGGAGUUAUGACGUGACAAGUCACAAUUUGGCAUGCAGUAUACUUCCUAUGGUACAAAAUUUGCCACACUUUCACCAGUCUGCUGUGAGAUUAUUGAAAACACCAAGACAAGACAUCCAUUUAUCUCAUUACAGACUACGGUUUUACAUUUUGUGGGUUUCUACCCGUUUGAACCAAAAACUGCAAGGCCCAUUUUGGAACAUGUGCAAGUUACAUGUUCCUCGCAAGAUUGGGAUCCUGAGUUAUUUUCACACCACAUCCUUUAACCCUAACCCCCCCAAGGGUAGCUGGCCCUAACCUUCCCCACUCACAAAAAGUUGGUAUGCCAAACCCAAUGCAAAAGCCAGCUGUUACGGGCCUACC